GCAAACCAGAUGACACAGUAUGCACGGCAUGUUCCGUAAUUCCGAUAACCGUUGUGACUAUAAAUUGCGUUCAAUUUUAAAACUCUCUGCAACUCCGUCAAAACGAGAAUGAAUUUAUUAUGUCCCUUGAUUAUUGCGGGAAUACUGUGUGUCGUUGAAGUAUCAGAAUGCCUUGAAUGCUUCAGUUGUCUAAAUAUCACUGACCCACGGGCGUGUACAAACACAAGUCAAUGUUCAUACAGUGAGUCAUGCUAUUUGCAAGCGCUCCAUUCCGGCAACGAAGUACUUUACAACAUGGGUUGUCAGAACAAUCAGUUGUGCAGUUCAGUGGCCGUUGACCCCAACGGUAUCAUCGGUCGCUCCAUCCAGACCAGGCAGCAGUACUCAUGUCAUGAAUGUUGCGGCAGUAAUCUCUGCAAUGAGCAGCUGUGUGCACACAGAAAACCAACAUCGUGCAUCGAUGACGAAACCCUGGACUGUGCCCGUCUCAACUCCAUCCUAAACGUCUGUGCAGAUGUUCAUCACGCCAAAACGAUAUGUCCAAAGUUUUGCGGACUCUGUCAGCUCGUUGAUGGCAACUGGGCAACUUGGACCGCCUGGACGACAUGCAGUGUUACCUGCAGUAACGGCACUCAGAUUCGAACAAGGACCUGCUCAAACCCGGCUCCUGCCAACAACGGACUCGACUGCAAUGGGCUGGCCUCGGAGUCAAAAAUGUGUGUGAACCAGCUUUGUCCGGUACACGGCAACUGGUCAGAUUGGUCUACGUGGUCAGGUUGCUCAGUUACGUGUGAAGUGGGGCUAAGAAAGAAGACAAGAACCUGCACUAAUCCAAAACCAGACCGGUCUGGGGACUAUUGCGUCGGUGAAUCAAGUGAAUAUUCAAUAUGCCCCUGCAGCGUCAGGGAUGGUGGCUGGUCGAGUUGGGAUCCGUGGCAGGGGUGUUCCGUCACGUGUUGAGUGGGCAAAAUGCUGAGGCAAAGGAGCUGUAGCAACCCGAGUCCAACUCUAUACGGAAAGAGUUGUGAAGGAAACGCUGAAGACUUUGAUAUCUGUGUCAACACAUCAUGCCAUGUAAUAGUCUUCAACGCCCACGGACUCAAUGUUUUGGCAAAUCGUGUCAAUGCAUUUGGAACCGUGAUCUUCAACGAAGGGAAUGCAUAUAACGCAAGCACUGGACAUUUCACAGCUCCUGUGAACGGGAUAUACUAUUUUACUGCCCAAAUCUGCUCUUUCUCUGGUAGUAACAUAAACUUUUUCUUGGAAAAGGGCAGUGAAAACAUGAGCGUCAAUGAGCGUCUUACAGCUACCUAUCAGUCCGAACAUCAGUCCCACUCAUGUACAUCGGCCUCCAGCUCUGUGAAACUAACCACGAAUGAGCACGUAUGGGUGUUAAUGAACGAUCAGUACUCCAGAUAUCAGGUAUAUGAAGAUGGUGAUCUCGCUUGGAUUACAUUUACUGGAACGUUGAUUCAAGUUCUUCAGUAAAUUCGUGAACUCUUUAUGGUUAUUUCAUCUCUUCAAUGCCCAAGUAGUGCGUAUUAUACGUACAGACUGCUAUCUGACCAAAAGCAACAAGGCACUACGUCAGUGUGUAAACACCAAAUUGAUAUGAAACAUCGUUCAUUUAACUUUAAUUUACCACUCUUCUGUUCAUAUCAGCUUGAAUAAGAAGAUUUAAUUCAAUAGUUUCAGGAAGUUUCGUGGUUGUAGUUUUCUCAUUGUUACUGUUCCAUAUUUUGUGUUAUGGCUAUUCCAUCUCGUCGCUAAAUGCCAUGCAUUCGCUAGAUGAAUUCCAAUUAUGUAGAAAUAAUGAUAAUUGUUAGCCAGAUUUCCUAUGACGUUUUGGUCCCCUAUAUGACUCUGACACGAAUCAAGUGGCGAACGUUAUGAAAUAAUUGGAUUUGUGCGAGAUUUUAUUGAUAUUGUACUAUUACAUAUGAUCUUAAUUUGGUGGAUUGUUUUUCACAAGUCGUGUAAAAAUUCAAUGUUUCUGUAUAGGAUCUACAACGUAGACAUGGAGAUAACGGUGACAUUCGUUUGGUCAGUUAAAAUUAUUCAAUAUUAAAUCGGAUAAAAGAACUUAACGCCGGUGCACAGGAACAAAUUAAAACGCGAAAAAAUAAUAUAUUUUAUUUGUAUUCCUGUUGAAAUCACUUAAUCGCUUUAAUUAAUUAAAUUAUCAAAAUGA